GAAGUGGCAGUCACUCGGGACGAGCCGAUGAGUGUUUCCCCCACAGAGACACGCGGGACUGGAGUAGGAUUCGUGCCGGACACGCACACCUGCCAAUCCUCCCCGUGAGGACUCAGGUGCUUGUCUUGACGUGAUCGUUCCGGAGAGGAAGACAAUGGGAGCGCGUUUUGACGCACGCUGCGCAACUUCGCCGCCGCUUGCCGCCGUUCAGCGUGGAUGUUUUCUUCUUUCGUCUUUGAAAACGUGCCUUUUAAAAAUCAAAACAUAACUAUGAAGACUCAUGGGAUGUAGUAGAUGGAGAGCUGCGUUCAACUUCGGACACCUCAAGGUGCAGUCCAAGCUGUCCGUCUUCUUGACAAUGAUCAUCCUCUUCGUGUAUCUCUUCUACUGCCUUAACGGAUUCUGCGAGUCCUUGCCCAGACCCGUGUAUGACCAGCAGACUCACCACAAAAACAAAAAUGUCCAAAACGACGCACAAAAGACAUUACCGAAGCAAGCCGGUGCGUCCUUUGCCCGGGACCAGUUCUCGGACUUUGCUUUCAGCACAAAUAAUAAUAGCAUCUCCAUAGCGAACAACUUUGGGAGCAAAAAGUUUCCUCAGGCCAUCAUCAUCGGGGUGAAGAAGGGAGGAACGAGGGCUCUCCUGGAGUUCCUGCGCAUCCAUCCGGACGUGAGAGCAGUCGGAGCCGAGCCUCACUUCUUUGACCGCUUCUAUGAUAAGGGACUGGACUGGUACAAGAAUCUGAUGCCCCGUACACUGGAUGGUCAGAUCACCAUGGAGAAGACCCCCAGUUACUUUAUCACAAAGGAAGCCCCUCGUCGCGUCUUCGCCAUGAGCCGCCACACCAAGCUGAUCGUGGUGGUGCGGGAUCCCGUGACCCGCGCCGUUUCCGACUACACGCAGACCGUGUCCAAGUCACCGGGGCUCCCGUCCUUCAAGAACUUGGCCUUCCGCAACGCCACCACAGGCCUCAUCGACACCUCUUGGAGCGCGGUGCGUAUCGGCAUCUAUGCCAAACACCUGGAGAACUGGCUGCGCUACUUCCCGCUUUCCAGCUUCCUGUUCGUCAGCGGCGAGCGCCUGGUGACGGACCCCGCGGGCGAGAUGGGCCGCGUCCAGGAUUUCCUGGGACUCAAGCGCGUGGUGACUGACAAGCACUUCUAUUUCAACCAGACCAAAGGCUUCCCCUGCCUGAAGAAGCCAGAGGGGAGCAGCAGGCCACGGUGCCUGGGGAAGUCAAAGGGCAGGCCCCAUCCGCAGAUCCCCGCAGACAUCCUGCUCCGACUCAGAGACUUUUACAGACCUUUUAACCUCAAAUUCUAUCAAAUGACGGGUCAGAACUUUGGCUGGGACGGCACAGCUUGACACCAAAGCUUUUUUGAAAGUUGACAGCGGCGAGAGACAACCUGCAUUACCAAAGUUUUUACUGUGCAAAACAGGCCUUGCAAUCAUUUCUUUUGUUUUAAAAAUCCAACAAUAAAACUAAAUAAAUGGUCAGUUUUGUGUGGUCAGUAGUUUUCAGUUUAGUUCAAGUGCUAUGAUCAGAUUAUGAUAUACUGUAGCACGAGGUGCGUCAGAAAAGUCCCAGGACUGGUGUCACAAAUGACAUAUUUCAAACACAAGGAUCUACGGAAGAAUCCUUCGAGGAGUGUAUGAAGGCGUGGCAUUAAAAGGCUCGGAAAGUUACUCAAGCGGGAUCACCUCAAAGGGAUAAAUGUGUAACUUGUAGUUUGGAUUUGAAAUACUGUGUAUCUUUUGCGAUGACAGUCCUGGAAAUUUUCUGAUGCACCUCGUAUAUGCAGUAAACGGUAUUUCUAUUUCCUUCCCAUGCAAACCCAUUUCCUGUACUGUCCUUUCAGUUUUAAAGAUUUAAGCACAGGGAGAUGUGGUGGAAAGAAGAGCAAAGUGUUGUUUUUGUUGCAAGAGUAUCUCAAAUUUGAAAGAUUUCAUACUCACAUUCAACUGUAUAUUUCUGAGAUCCUAAUUUAUAAGAUGACAAGAUAUUGUUGAAAUGAUUUUUUGUAUUUGGAAUUAUGUUGAACAAGGUGACUAAAAUGUUUAUUCUUAA